AUGUUCCCGACCGCCGCAAGGUCCGCUGGCCUUAGCCAUGAAAUUGCCCGCAACUUUCUCGCCCACGCACAGCGCCGCGGUCCGCUAAUUCAGAAACAGCUCCUCGACGCCAAUCAACUCCUGCGUCUAUGCCAGACGUUAGGUCGAAAGGAGCUCCUCCACGGAUCCCCGGUGACGGACAGCCCACCGGCAAACGGGACUCCGGUGCCCCCAGGCUAUCACCUGGUGUACUUUACACCAUCGAGCUUCGAGUCGGAGCUUGGCCGCGACGGCACCGACCGGACGUUUAACCCGUCGGCGCCGUUUACUAGGCGUAUGUGGGCGGGCGGUGAGAUUGUUUGGUUCGGGGACAACGUUUUGCGCGUGGGGCAGACAGUAACGGAGACGACAACCGUGGUGAAAUCGGAACCGAAGAAGACGCGCGACGGAGCGGAUAUGAUUGUUGUCGGCGUAGAGAAGAAGUUCGAGAACGAAAACGGCACUUCUCUGAUAGACAGAAGAGACUGGUUGUUUCGGCCCGAUUUGACAGAGGCCCCAGCGCUGAUCCCACGAGGUGAAGCAAAGCCUUUUCCUAGUGGAACGCAUACCCGCGACUUCACUCAAACUCCAAUCAGUCUCUUCCGCUUCUCGGCCCUGACUUUCAACGCGCACAUGAUCCACUAUUCGAAACAAUGGUGCCGCGAAGUAGAAGGCCACCGAGACAUCGUCGUGCACGGCCCCUUGAACCUUGUAAACAUGCUUGACUUAUGGCGUGACAGCGGAGGGGUGAAGGGGAGUGAGUUUCCUAAGCGUAUUAGCUAUCGAGCCUUGUCUCCUGUCUACGUUGGUGAACCAUACAGAGCUGUGCUAGAGGGAGCCGAGGCUGAACAGGCAGAGGUGAAGUUUUGGACGGCAGAUGGCAGGCUAGCCAUGCAAGGAGCUAUUGCACCUUGA